GAGACAGAAAAGAAAAAAAUGUCUUGUUGGUUCCGCUCACUUGAGCACACGCAGAGUGAAAUAAUUUAACUACCUACUGACCCGCAUGGAUUUUAUACCGCAACAGAUUUCAGCGAUAUAAGAGCUUGGAAAAACACAGGUUCAUGUUUUCCCCUGGACGACUUAAUUUAAUUACGCAAAAAGGGCUUCCACUCUGCCUUGUUAUUGAUCUCGUUUCGACAAAUGUGUGGUCAUGCAAUAGCUUCGUAACGAACAGGUUGGUGGUGAUUUGCCGCCAAAGUAUGAAGUAAACAUCCAGUUCCGGCCAACAGCGUGGAAAUCUUUGAAUGAACUGAGAGUGUUUAGGUGAAAAUCCCUCAAUGUUACUUCAGUGCUUUUUUCUGCCCAUGCGUUUCCUUAACUAUGUGUUUUUAAGUGAUUAUCAUUCAGAAUUCAGUGUCUUCUCUAGUCGCUAGCAUCCUGUUCCAAAAUGUUGCAAAAGGUAUUUGUAUUAUUUGUCUUAGUGUUAUUUUUUACAUGCAUCCUGUGCCAUGUGGAUCCAAAAAAGAAGAACGCAACUGCAAAAGCGGGCCAUCCAUUGUCAAGUUACGACCUUGCCAGGCCGGACGUGCAUUUGUACGAGAGCUUUCUCAAAAAUUUCACAAACAAUGCAGUGAAGAAAACUCUGCCCAUUUUAUACAGAAUGAUGGAGAAUGUUAAUAUAUCAGCUGGCUGUUUGUCGAGUUUGAUAAAAUAUGCCAUUUCUUUGAAAGAAAUUAAAGUAUGGGCGAUAAAAAUGUUGGAUUCAACGGCGAAGAUACCAUCUGGCAUGUUCGAAGGUACUGUUACAGAAUUCGGAGCAUUUGAUCAAUGUCUCGCUAUUUUGGUUAAAAAUAAAAAAGGCUUUGAAGAUUUCAGAGGCCAAUAUUGUUCAGUGGAAGCAAUUCCAUCUUUAGGCCCUCGGCCAAAGGACUUGAACUUGGCUAAAAAAUCACAUAUAGAUCCUAAUGAAUCGAUAAUGAAAGAAAUUGAAACCAAGAUCUUUGCAUUUUAUCAACUGACUCAUCGAUUUGGAAUCUGUGUUCCAUCUACUUGCAGCGCAGAUGAUAUGCAAAUGUUGGGAGCACAGGUUGUUAAACCCCUAAAUUUUGGAAUUCGAGUCGCCAGUUGUCUUGUGAGUGAAGAAAUUAAAGUGGAAACUAUACACAUAGUGACGUUGUCAAUUGUUGCCAUCCUGGUUAUUCUUUUGGUCAGCGGAACUACGAUAGAAUAUUACUUGAAUGGAAGAAAACAAAACGAUGGGAAGCCUAUCACACCAAGUAUUCCGCAACAAAUACUGAUGGCCUUUUCAAUCAGCAGCAACGCUCAGAAACUGUGCUCGCUCGAGAGCAAAACUAAUGAAAUGAAAAGUCUGCAUGGCAUUCGAGCAUUAAGCAUGACUUGGGUCAUUCUUGGACAUACUUACAUUUGGAUUAAUUUCCAAGCUCUAACAAAAGCAAGUGCUGUAAGCAGCUGGCUUAACGACAUAGAAUUCGAAGCAAUUCUAAAUGGCUGGCUCUCUGUUUCUUCAUUUAUAUUCCUCAGUGGUUUACUAACGACAUAUACGACUCUGCAAUAUAUGAGCAAGACUGGAGGAAAAAUUAAUAUAUUUUUGUAUAUUUUAAGGCGAAUUUUAAGGCUUUAUCCAUCUGUUCUCCUGGUUUUGGCAGGCAUAUUUUUUCUUCCAUGGAUAUCCUCUGGCCCAUUUUGGCCUGAAAUGGCAGGACUAGAAGUCAAAAACUGUCACCAAUCCUGGUGGGCCAAUCUGCUAUUCAUCAACAAUUGGAGACCAGCUAAAGAGAUGUGUAUGCAACAUUCAUGGUAUAUAUCAGCCGACAUGCAACUGCAUAUUAUUGCGGUUUUUGUACUAGUAGCCUUAUACAGAAACGUGUUUGUUGGUUUCGCUAUGGCAUUUUUUCUUGUGUUUGGCGGUUCUUUGGCAGUUGGAAUAAUAACAUACGUCAAUGACUACGCUCCAACUAUUUUACUCUCCACAGCAAAUCUACCUCAAAUCGUAAGAAUAGUUGAUGACAUUCACAUAAAAACAUUUACUUAUUUUGGACCGUAUUACAUCGGAGUAGCAAUUGGAUAUUUAGUUCUAAAGCAUCCAAAAGCAAACCUUGGAAAGGGGUUAAAACUCUUAGGAUGGAGCUGCGCAAUCGUCCUAGGAUUGUCCUCUCUCUACGGCACGCACAGAUGGAAUGUUGGAAAAUUUCCUUCUGCAGAAGUGACAGCAACCUAUGCAGCCUUACACAGGACGACAUUUAUCAUUGCGCUGGGCUGGGUUACCUAUAUGUGCAUUACAGGAAGAGCCAAGCCCAUAACACGCAUUCUCGAAUUCGGCCCAUUCAUCAUCAUGAGUCGGUUGACCUUCAUGACUUAUCUGGUGCAAGGACCCGUUAUUUGGACCAGAUACGGAUCGAUAAAGGAAAGAAUUUUUUACAGCCAUUACAAUAUGCUUUACGAAUACAUGGGUAACUUGAUACUAUCACUAGCGGUUGCUUUCGCUGGCCAUAUUCUUGUAGAAGCACCCUUUGCCAACCUUGAGCGAUUACUUUUUUCCAAUUUCAAGUCAACUACAACUAAAGAGCAAUCCGAUGCUUUAUGUCGAGUGGAUGCCGAAGCUACUCCUGUCCAAAAUCAGAUGGAAAAACCCACGUGAAAGACUGAGAUAAACUAUGUAUUUAUCAUUUGUAUUUUAAUUAUCAUUUGUAACGAUUUAUGAGAAAAUGUUAGAGGAUCCAUGCAUUGUAGACUCAGAGUAAUCCAGCAGAACCGGAAAGAAUUCACCACGUCCUGCCGAAGCAUUUGGGAGAAAUGAAGAUCAGUUAAGUAAUAAAUUGCUAGUACAUAAAGAAGCACUUGGGGAGGAACAGCUUAUUUCAAGAACGUCAGCAUUUCGUCACAUCACUGUCGCAACGAUAUCAACCAAACUCCAGACUCUGAUCCCAAACAGUAAAUAACAAGUUAAAUAUUUAGUUAAGAGUAACAAUUAAUGCUUCCAACAACAAAAAUUUAUCUGAUCUCCCAGGAUGAAAAAUAUCUCUAAUCGUUUGCAGGGAUGAUAUUUGUUGCAAUAAUUAAGAUGUUUUAUAAUAAUUAAAGUUAAUCUGCAAGUUAACAAUGAGCUAGUUUUCAACAACUCUAAGAUUGUCCUAUACUUAUUAGGCAAUAAAUAAGUGAAACUAUAAAAUAAUACGUUCCUACACAAAUAAAACAUCAAGCAUCAAAAGACUUCAUUGCUAAGUCGGAUAAUGAGUCUGAUAGACUAGAUGACUGCAGAAGAUAUAGGGUCAUUAAAAAAAUUAUGCAAUCAAAUAUUAACUGCACAAAAUUUGUAAAAUUAUAUAGAAAAUUAUACUUCAUAUAAUAAGAAAUUAAAAAAGACAGUUCAAAAUGUGAGCAGUAGUUUAUCGUUGCAUCGUUCCUAAGUCAUUGACAUCAGUAUACAGUAACUUAAUUAUCAUGUAAUGCCCCCCCCCCCCACCAACUGAUGCUUCAGUAAAAUUGCCAGACUGGUGCAAUGCAGGAUUACUGAAGUCUACUGCAUGUGUAGUUUGAGUUUUUUGUAUCCAUAUGUGCUUCAGUGUUUGAACAUCGAAGAUUAAAAUAAGAACAUUUAACCCACUUAUAUAAGAAAAAGAUCUCAUUAGCUCUAUGUUAUCAAAAUGUUAUGACUAUACUUUUAUUACUUUUUUUAUUGUUUGAAUAUUGUAUUGUAUGCGUUCAUGACAAUCGUCUUUAUAAAAUUCAUAUUUAAUCAUUUGUA